AUGGAGCGCAGCCGUGGCACCCCCGACGCCGAGCUGUUUCUUAGCAAACCCUCUGAGGAGGAUUGCGACAGCCCGACCGUCGAGCCCCUGAGAAUAUUCAAGCCUCAGAGUCCCGUACCGUCUUCUUCGUUCGACCGGUUCAAGUACCCCGCCCCUCCCUCGGCCUCGAGCACGCCGUCCUUUACCUCGAAGCCUACGUUUCCUCUGCCUCCAGGUGCCUCAAGCUCUGCCGCUCCGCUUCCAUACCCAGACGAAGAAGAUCUCCGGCCUGGCAAGCCAACCAAGCCUACUGUUAUUGCCCCGAAGCGCUUCGGCUCCGACUACAAUGAUACCACCCCGCGCUUGAACGCCAGUCCCGUCGAGACCAAGAGUCCGACGCUCGCCGAGCGACGUGGGAACGGCCCGAGGCCUUUAGGCGCUGCCUCCCCCACGAGCCCCUCAGAGGAAGGCAACCUCUUUUCAAAGCCGUUGGACGCUCCGCAACCCCAGCGCCCGGUUGCUUCUACCACAAACUACCCCUCUUACACCAAGAAGCCGUAUUACCCUCCCCCAGCCGGCGCAUCAAGCUCUACUCCUCCCGCUCAUGGCCACACUCAGAGACCACCACCUCAGCCACAGUCACAGAGUUCUGAACACCUCGACAUGCCUGGUCAGAGUAAUGUGAACAGGUUCGCAUCUACUGCUUCGACAUCCACAACACGCGCCAGCCGGGGAUCUCCACCCCCUCCUGAGACCCCUAUCGUGGAACCGGGUGUCAUUCCGGGAGGUGGAAUCGAGGCUCGAUAUGCUGCUUCUGGUAUCUCGGGCACGGCGACAUUGACUAGCUUGCAGGCACAGCAGGCACAGAGCUCCGCUGCGUCCCAGAGACUAGCUCAGUAUGGGGGGGCACCACCACCAGCACGACCCUGGACUCCCACAGAGAACCCAGAGAACCAGCCACAUGGACCGCCCACUGUGUACCUGGGGAUGAAUCCGGUGACAAGUCCCACUCAGCCCACGUUCAGUCCUCCGCCCCAGCAGCCGGUAAACGAAGGAGACCAGCCUGCCUUGCAAGUCAGCGUAUUGGAACAGGAUUUCCAGCGGAUGGGCACUAAGACUCCUCCACCCGCCUAUUCGAGCGUCAACCCAGGAGGUAACUCUUCCUACCCCGCUGAGAAACAACGACCAGCGCAGCAAAGAGCAGAUUCGCAACCGUCCGUGGCUACAACUGUCGCACAAUCACCACCUAAGAAGCCCGCCUCGGUUGGUCCUGCAGCAGCAGGACUUGCGUCGCCUUCUUUACAGGGCCAUCCAGCUUUCGCCAAUGAUCCUCGACCGGAGCAACAAAAUGGGCAGUCUGCAGCUCAGGUUCAGCAGCCGCAAGUACAAGCACAAUCACAAGCACAGCCCAUUGCAACGCCGGUUGCGCAGACUGUCCAGGCCCCUGCCACCUUCCAAAAUGCCGGACCAUCCUCUCCGCCACCGUUGCCUGAAGGCUGGAUUGCUCACCUCGACCAGAAUUCUGGGCAAUACUACUAUAUUCACCUAGCUACUCAGGCUACGCAGUGGGAAUUCCCCAAGGGCCCAAAUCCGAUCCAUCAUGAACAAGCGCCCCUAUCGCCCACUGCUUCAACUUAUGGCAAUCCUCUCGCGUCUCCGACCAUGUUCGGAAAGCAAAGCCUCGGAUCCCCGAUGUUUCCUCCGCAGACUCCUGGUUAUGCCGAGAGCAUCAUGAGUGUUGCUGCAUCUCAAACGCCUACCACGGCCGGCUUCUCUGGACCCCCACCAAGUGCUGGCGUCGAUAUGUACAAAAUACAGCCCACAAAUGGCGUAUAUUUUGGCCCGUAUCUCCGUUACUGCAAUAUGGACAUGGAGAAGGGGGCGUGGCUGGGUAGCAUUAUGAUUGUGACUGAGGGGCCGCAGCCUCCUACAAUUCACAUCCACCUUAGCGCUGACCUUUCGCCCAAUCCGCGACAGUUAGUGCCACAUAAUAUCUAUACUCACCAACGCUGGACGUUUCACAAGUAUGAUAUUGAUCUGCCCAUGAGCGAGAAUGGUACUGAGAGGUGGACCUACGCUGUGACUUCACACCUUGGAUGCACGAGAUAUGAGUUCGUCGUUGCUGGUCGCCACGAGAAUGGCUGGCGAUUCAUUGCCCAUUCCAACAAUGACUUUGCGGCGUCAACGUCUCAAAGUGAGCGCUCUAAGCUCGGUGGUGUGGGCUUCAUGUGGAAGGACGUGCUGCAAAAGAAUGUCGACUGUGGCGGUUUCCACGUUCAACUCGGCCUUGGAGACCAAAUAUACGGUGACAGGCUAUGGAAGGAGGUGCCCCUGCUGAAGCAGUGGCUAGCCAUGAGCGGCAGAGACAACAGAAAAAAUGCGCAGUGGACUGCACGCCACGAAGAGGAUGUCUCUCACGCCUAUUUCCACUACUACACCAGCCACUUUGACCAGCCCUAUCUGAGAGAGGCGUUUGCUCAGAUCCCGCAUAUAUUGCAGGUUGAUGAUCACGACAUCUUUGACGGCUUUGGUUCUUACCCUGAGUACAUGCAAGGGUCACAGAUGUUCAAGAACGUUGGCCGCAUAGCUAUCGAAAUGUACCUGCUUUUCCAACAUCACACAACUGUGGAGAUCCUCCGUAACGUCAGCAAUGAUAUGGACCUCUUCACGAUUACUGGCCAGGGCUGGCAUUUUGUGAAGUAUCUCGGUCCUGCUGUCGUUGUUGUCGGACCUGACUGCCGAUCGGAAAGGAACCAGAGCAGAGUUAUGGCGGGCCCGACUUACCAGGGUCUUUUCCCCAAGGUUGCGACACUGCCUCCCAGCGUGCAACACUGUAUCUGGAUGGUUUCAGUGCCCCUGGUUUAUCCCCGCCUUGAGGCAGUUGAGAGCUUGGCUACUGCUGUUACUACUGGUAAGAAGGCGGUCAACAUGUCGUACAACUUGCUCGGCAAGGUCACAAGUUCGGUGGCGGGCGUAGUUGGAGGCAAGGAGGUCGUUGCGCAGGGUUUUACCCAAGUGAAGAAAGCUGUCGGCAAGUCCGGUCUCAUGGGUAACGUCCUGAAUCAGUUUGGAGAGAUCGACCUCGCUGAGGUCCUCAAGGACAUGUGGACGCAUGAUUCAAAGGACUUGGAGAGGACAUAUCUUAUCCGGACUCUUCAAGGCAUCGCACAGCAGAAGGGCAUCCGCAUGACAUUCAUGUCAGGGGAUGUCAACUGUGCGGGAGCCGGCCUGGUUCAUGAUCCCACGCACCCAAGUGAUCACAAGACGAUGUACCAAAUCAUCACAUCGCCCAUCGUCGCCCAACCGGCCAGCAACUACAUUCUCAAACUUCUCCACAACAACAAGAGCCUCUACGUACCUCAGAAUGGCCACAAGUCCAACCAUGAGGUUUCGGACACCAAGGAGGACAUGAUGGAGAUCUUCCAUACAGAUGCCAGUGGCUCUGCCCGCGAGCUGAAGAAGCUCAUGGGUCGCAGAAAUUACGUGGCCGUAGUCGCUUACGACCCCGACGCCAUUCCUGGUGCUCAGGUGUCGCCUAGCGGUCCCAACGGCCAGGGCCUGACGAAGCUAAGCUUGGCGGUGGACUUUGUGGUCCAGGGUGACGGUGCUUUCACGGCACCGACGAAGUACGGUCCAGUGAUUGUGCCGCAUCUGGAGUUUGGCAGGUAG